AUGAGCGACCCUGAGAAGAAUUCGUACCAGGAUACUUCCUCCAACCCAGAGGUUUCCCACGUGCAGGAACUGGCUGACCCUGAUGCCGGCAAGACGCCGGAGGAAAGGGCAGAGAUUGAGCGCAAGCUUCUCUGGAAACUUGACCUGCGCCUCAUCCCAUGGCUCUCCCUCCUGUACCUCCUCUGCUUCCUUGACCGGUCAAACAUCGGAAAUGCCAAGGUCGCCCAUCUCACCGAUGACGUGCCCAUGACAACGCACGAGUACAAUGCCACCCUGACAAUCUUCUUUGUCGGCUACGCCAUCUUCGAGGCCCUGGCCAACGUCCUGCUCAAGAAGACGAAGCCGUCCAUCUUUAUACCCAUCAUCAUGAUCCUGUGGGGUGCCUGCAUGGUGGGCAUGGGCUUCGUACACAACUGGUCGGGUCUGAUGGCAGGCCGUUGGUUCCUUGGCGUGACCGAGGCGGGACUGUUCCCCGGGGUCAACUACUACCUCUCGUGCUGGUACCGGCGGAACGAGUUCGGCGUGCGCGCAGCCAUCUUCUUCUCGGCCGCGGCGCUCGCCGGAUCCUUCGGCGGGCUGCUCGCGGCGGCGAUCCAGAACAUGCACGGCGUCAGCGGGCUGGCGGGGUGGCAGUGGAUCUUCGUGCUCGAGGGCCUGGUGACGGUCCUCAUCGGCGGCGCCUCCUUCUGGAUGGUGCACGACUUCCCGGACGAGGCCAGGUUUCUGAGCGAAGAGGACCGGGCGCGCGUGCUGUGGCGCCUGAAGCAGGAUCAGCAGAGCUCGGCGGAGCACGAGGAGUUCGAGAUGGGCCACGUGUGGGCCGCCGUCAAGGACUGGAAGACGUACGCCGGCAUGCUCAUCUACAUGGGGUCGCUGAUGCCCCUGUACUCCUUCAGCCUGUUCCUGCCGACCAUCAUCCAGAACAUGUCCUUCACCACGGCCGACGCCGUCGUCCGGAACCAGCUCCUCAGCGUGCCGCCCUACGCGCUGGCCGCCAUCGUCACGGUGGUGGUGGGCUUCUGGUCCGACCGGUCCGGCAGGCGCGCCAUCUUCAACAUCUGCUGCGCGCCCAUCGCCCUGACCGGCUUCAUCAUGCUCAUCGCCACCGACAAGGCCGGCGUGCAGUACGCGGGUGUCUUCCUCGGCGCCGCCGGCAUCUAUCCGGCCAUCUCCCUGACCAUCGCCUGGGUGGCCAACAACGUCGAGGGCGUCUACAAGAGGGGCAUCGUCCUGGGCGCCGUCAUCGGAUGGGGCAACAUGAACGGCGUCGUCAGCAGCAACAUCUACUUCAACGCCCCGCGCUUCUACGAGGGCCACGGCGUCAUCAUCGCCUACCUCUUCGUCUCCAUGUUCCUCGGCAGCAUCCUCUACGCCUUCUUCCUGUCCAGGGAGAACAAGGCCCGCCGCGAGGGGAGGAGGGACCACCUCGUCGCCGGGAAGACGGCGCGUGAGAUUCAGGCCAUGGGCGAUGGCCGUCCGGACUUCAUCUACACCAUCUGA